AUGUCAGCACCAUCAUCGACACCUUCAUCACCAUCAUCAUCUCGUAGAGAUUCGUCGACGGGUGUUGUUCAACAGACGACGGUGAGUGUGACACCACCUACAGGCAUCGAAAACACGCUGUUACAGUCAAUCAUUGAUUCGACUGGUGUCGUAAAGUCACGAUCAUCUUCAUUGUCUUCAUCUCCUUCGUCAUCACCUCUAGUCAAACGACGUAGUGGAGAUCAGCAGCAACCAUUACAACAACAACAACCAAAUCAACCACCAGCACCACCCAACGCACCACCUCCACCACCACCAAGAUCAGCCUUGUCGUUGGGACUACUCUCUAAACAGAUCGAGGGAGGGUCCUCGGGAUCGUCGUCGUCGGCACCAGGGUCUCCGACAUCAUCUUCAGCAUCGGGAAUACGUAAACACGCACAACGCAAAUACAAUGCAGUGGCAUCAUUCCUCAGUCUCACACUAAAGGAUGAGGUCAGUGACACGGUCCUUUCACAUCAACAACAAUCACAUCGCAUGACUUGGUCAGACUUUGAAUCAGAGUAUGAAAGAGAGAUUGUAAACAUUGCACCAGAGCUUAGGUUCCCAGCCGGUGAAGUCAUUGUACGUCGUGUAGAGAAAAAGUCACGGAUGAACUUUUCCCCAACCGCCGGUUUAGUAGUCAGUGCACUCGAUUCUCACAUACACGAUAUCAUUCAUCACUUUAACAAGGAUUAUCUAAUCGUACAACAUCGUGGUUGUAGUCGUGAAACUUCACUCUCCUCCUCCUCCUCAUCAAAAGGUAGAAAACAUUCUUCAAAAGCAACUUCUUAUCCAUCAUUAUCAAGCUUUUUAAAUAAUGGUGGAAAUGGUGGUAGUGGUAGUAGUAGUUCAUCAAGUGAUGAUAUUAAUAAUAAUCCAAAUCAUUUUGUAAUUUUAAACAAUAAUAAUAAUAAUAAUAAUAAUAAUGGAUCGUCACCAUCAACAUCAUCAAAUGGAUCGGUGAUAUAUGGUGGAUCAAAAGAUGGAACAUCAGCUCCAUCACUUCGUAGUAAAUUAUUUUCAAGUACCAAAUCAAUCAACCGAGCUUUAUCAUCUAGACGUAUCGAAUCUUCCUCAGAUGAUACUAAUCUUCCUUCACUUUCUUCUAUUCCUGAAGAUCCAAUUAAACAAUUAAUUCCUGAAAAAUUUGGAUUAGAAUUAUUAUGUCAAGUAAAGGAAUUAAAAUUUCAAUGGGAUGUUGAACCAUUCUUUUGUAGUUUAUAUAUUGUAGAUUUAGAAAAAAGAGAAAGGAUAUCGGAAAGUUUUAAUUUCCAUUUAAAUUCAAAACAAUUGUUGGAUAGUCUAAAGAUUGGAGAUGAUCUAACCAAUGGAUUUGCAAAUCAAAAUCAAUGUAUUUUUUCUUUAAACAAAUAUCAUCCAAAUAUAGGUGAUAUUGAACGCGACAUUAAACCCUAUAUUAAAGAUUUCAAAAAACAAAAUAAACAAACAGUAUUGACACAAUUUAAAAGUGAAGUAACAGAUAGAUGUAUGAAUUGGGGAACUGGAGAACAAAGUAAAACAUUACAACCAUUUGUUUGGACUGCUUAUCCAGUUUUCCAACAUUCUGUUAGUACUCGUCCAGCAUUGGUUUCUCAAGGUAGUUCACUUAAUCUAUUGGUCAAUCAACAACAAACAAGUAGUAUCAAUGUUGUUCCACCUCCACCUCCACCUCCUCCUCUUCCCCCAACGAGUAAUGGACGUAAUUCUUUAGAUUCUUCUCCAACUAUUUCGACGUUAUCACCUCCAUCACCAAUGAUACCAUCACCACCAUCACCAACAACAAAUGCACAAAAUAGUAGUAAAACCAAUAUUGAAAUUGUAAACAUGGUACCUGCAACACCCAAUCUUAGUGAUCGAUCAAUUUGCGAGUUGUUGCUAAAUGACAAGGAUCUAAGAAAAUCAAAGACUGUUCAAGCUGCCUUUUCCAUGUCGAUUCGUACUUUGGAUGCAGAAGAAGAGUUAAAGGGUCGUGUAACACCAUCACUCAUUCCAGUAUUGCCAAUAGAAAGAGAGGCAGUACCAAAUUUUAUUAGAGAGAUUCAAGAUUUCUCUGAAACACCAUAUCCACAUACAGAGUAUACCAACAAUCUCUACAUCUAUCCAGAAAUGUGUUUUAUCAAGUUUAAAAACCCAAACAUUCAAAUACAAGCUCAAUUGGUAGAGGAUCUGCAAACACUCAAAUCACUCAAAUGUAUUUAUCCAACAUCGGCACCACCAUACAUUCCAAAUAGUCUAUGGGAUUCUUUCAACAAUACACCCAAUCAAAUGCCAACUCCAUCACCAACCAUCCCCUUUCCUCCACUUGAAUAUGUUGCCUUUUCAGGUGUAUCAUUCCACGAUAAACGACCACACUUUACAGAAGAAUUCAAGAUUAAAUUACCAACAAAGAUUACAACUCAUCACCUACUCUUUACAUUUUAUCAUGUAAAUGUAGCCUCUUCAUCCUCUUCUAAAAAGGAUCAAAAAACUGCUAUUGGUUAUGCAGCAGUACCUCUAUUACAAGCAAAUAAUGGAGGUGUUUUCCUCAAAGAUGAUUAUUAUCACGUUCCCAUUGAAAAAGAGUUGAAUAGUAUAGAAUCGGCAUUCCUUGAUACUGAACAAAGUAAAAAGGAAAAACGUGAUUUCUUUACCUUUAGAACUAAAUUGGCUUCAAGUGUUGUCACUCAAGAUACUAGCUUACAUCAUUUCUUCAAGUAUUGUUGUAAUCCAAAUAAUCAUGAAUCUCUUGGUAAAACUUUGGAUGCUGUCCGAGGUAUUCAAAAAAUUGAUCGUCUCCCUUGCGUUCAAUUCUUCCCUGUCAUUUUGGAUCAACUUUUCCAAAUUAUGUGUCUAUCUGCAAAUGAAGUUGCUUCUCAAGCUUUUACUUCAAUACUUCAUGUUAUUAAAAUUGUUGAUGGAUAUGAAAAAAAAGCAGGAACAGAAAAAAGUAGAUUAUUAACUUUAUAUUCUGAAUAUAUGUUUGAUUAUAUUCCAGAUUCAAAAUAUGUUUAUGAAGAAUUAUGUAGACAAUGGGUUAAUGCUAUUAAUACUGGUAUAUAUGUAAAAGAUUUUAGAUUAAAUUGGUUUUUAUUUGAUAUAAUGACAAAAUCAAUGGCAUUAUCAUUAUCAAAUUCAUCACAAUUGGAUACAGAUUUGGGACGUGAGAAUAGAUUCCAAAUUGAAUUUCAAGAACAUUUGAAUCGUUUGGUUCUUAAAUUACUUCCUCAAUUAUCAUCAGAUUCAAGCAUGUCUGUUCAAAUGUUUGAAUUCUUUACAAAAUUCCCUUAUUUCAUUAAUAAUCUAUUCCCAUUAAUUGAUAGAGGUUUUUUGUUUAAUUUGAUUUAUAAUUAUAUUUCAAGAAUUUCAUUGGAUACAAAAGAUGGAGGUAAUAUGAUAUCACCAAUCAUUACAGGAUUACCACCAAAUUCACCAGGUUUACAUGGUGUUGGAGGAGCGAAUCAAAUGUUAUCACCAAAUAGUAAAGAGGCAAGAGAUUUAGCAGAACAUGCACAAAUCACAUUGAUUACAAUCAAAUUUAACUUUUUAAAGAUAAUUUGUGAUUAUGAUCAUUAUAUUCCUCUCAAUUUCCCUCAAACUAUUAAAGUUGUAGAUUCAAUUGCUGAAUUAAAUUCUAAAUUCUUUAAGAGACAUUUUAUAGCAGUAUUAUUAUUAAAUGAAGUUGAAUCAUGUUUAAGAUUUGUUAGACCAUCAAUUCGUAAUCAAGCAAUUCUAACAUUGAAACAGUUGUUGAAAAAACAUCAUUUCGAUACACGUUAUCAAUCGACAGAGAUUCGUGAAAAGAUUUCAUCAAUCUAUUUUCCAUUUGUUUUAAUGAUGGUUGAACACUAUUCAAUUAUCAAACAUUCAUUGGAUCAUACUGAAUUGUUGGAUUGGAUUACAUGUCUUGUUUGGAUACUUCAGUAUUGCAACAGAGAAUUGUUACGUGUAUGGUUGACAAAAGAAACAGAAACUAGAAAGAAUAGUUUUAUGGGUCUCAUGUCACUUGCUAUCGAUACAUUUAAACAAGAAGAAUCUAUUCAUGAAAUCAUCCUACUCAAUAUUGAAAUGUGUAGAAUCAUAUUGAAUCAUUUCAAAUCAAUAGAUGAUAAACUUUUAAAUAAUGUCAUUACAAAUAUUCAAAAAUGUUCUUCUUUAGCUUCAGUUGAUAUUGUUCCAGAAAUUUAUAAUGUUAUUAAAGAAUCAUUAAUACCAAAUCAUCCAACUGUAAUAUUUAAUCAUUCAAAUAAUAAUUAUUGUGAAUUGUUGUCGUACGAGUUGUUGUCAAAGACUGAUAAACCAAAAUUGUCGACUAUUGCAAGUUCAUUGUUUUACUUUUUGUUGGAGAGUAAUUUCAAUGUGACCAAUGAUAUUACUAGAAUGAAGGUUCAGUCAACUGUCGCAUUCUCCAAAUUGGUGGGAGAAGUAAAGUUGGAAAAUGCAUCACUCAACAUCUUUUUGUCUCAUGUCAAAGAAUUGACCAAAGCACACCAAUCGUCUGUUUUCCGUGCACAAAUUGAUGAAUGGAUUCUAAAGAUCAACACAUUGAUGAAGUAUUCAAAUACUAUUAGCGAAAACAAAUCAGAUUGUGAAAUGGUUGCCGAAAUGUAUUACAACAUCUCCAAUAGUUACUUUGAAAGUCCAAAUCUUCGUGUAACUUGGCUAGAGAAUCUUGCCAAAAAGAACAACGACCACCAUCUAUUUGACGAGGCUGCUCAAUGUCUUAUUCAGAGUGCCUAUCUAGUGUCUCGCUAUCUUCACAUGUCUGGCAAACUCAAAGACACUACCAUCGCCGACUUUGCAGUCAUUUGUCCAAACAUUUCUCGUGAACUAGAGCUACCUCCCAUUAGCAACAAAGACGAUGCACUCUUUCAAAUGUGGACUGUAGACUAUCUAGUCAAACUUUUAGAAGAAUCAAUCUCUCUUGUUUCAAAAUCUGAACGUUAUGAAUUGGCAAUUGAAAUUCAUUCCCUUAUUUCAAAAAUUCUAAAAUCUAAAAAGGAUUAUAAGGCCCUCAUGUCUACUUUAUCAAAUCAAAAACAAAUUUGUGAAACUAUUGUUGAAAAGUCAAAAGAAAUUAGAUUACAAUCAAAAUAUUAUAGAAUUGCAUUUUAUGGACCAAAGUUUGAAGAUUUGAAUAAUAAGGAAUUUAUUUACAAGAAACCACCUGAAUGUUUAUUAAAACAUAUUACAACACAGAUUACUCAACAGAUAUUGGAUAAAUUUGCUGGUGCCAUUGAAAAGGAUGCGAUUGUGUUAAUGUCAAAUGCACCAUUUGAUCGUACUACAUUGGUGGCUGACAAGUUGUAUUAUCAGGUGAUUAGUGUCGAGCCAUACGUUGAAUUGUCGGCGACAAACGAGUCUACUACCUUGUCAUCAUUUGAUCCAAACUUUGGUGUCAGUAGUUUUAUCUCUGAAACUGCCUAUAGUCAAACAGGUGGCAAACCCAUACAAGAAGACAUUUCAAAACAGUCCAAGAAAAAGACCAUCUUUGUAGUUGACCCACUCUCGCUACCCUACCUAAAGAACCGUGUCGAGAUUACUUCCAAACGUGAAAUCAUCUUGUCACCAAUUGAAAAUGCUAUCGAAUUGAUCAAGGGUCGUAUUCUCAAAUUGAUGGAACAGGUGCAGACACCAACACCUCGUAUCAACCUGUUGCAACAAGUCAUUCAAGGUAGUGUAGUACCAAUGGUCAACGAAGGCCCACUCAAAAUUUGCGAGGUCUUUUUAAGCAAACAAAACGUUGUCAACUAUGCCCCUGAGCACGUCGAAAUGCUCAAACGAUCCAUGGAGCGAUUCAUCUAUUUCUGUGGACUCUCGAUCCUUCUCAACAAACGUCACAUCCAACCACAACACCAAGAUUUCCAAAAUAUGGUCGAAAAACAAUUUGAUAUUCUUAAAAAGGAAGUCAAUACCUACAUGUAA